AUGGAUGUGCCGUUCUCGUCGUCAGGCGCAAUGAGCAGGGCUCAUUACGCUCUUGUGCGCAAAGUAGAAACCGCGACGCCACAGGCCGCCGACCAGAUACUUCUCGCGGAAGUCCAAACCAUCCGGAACCAGCUCACGCGUUCGACUUUGACUCUGAAACAAUGCAAGGAAUAUCUGGUGUUACUACUCUACUGCUCUAUGGCUGUGAACCCUGGCGUGCAUGUCGACCUCGAGUUCGCGCUACCACACGCGAUUAAUCUCGCAGAAGCCGGGCAGACGAUACAGGACAAGCGUGCAGGAUACCUGUUCUGUGGUGAAGUCAUGCCGGCGGAGCACGAGCUGCAGCUCAUGUUAGUCAACUCUAUCCGCAAGGACCUAGAAAGCUCAGCAAUAUCCCGGAUAUGCCUGGCCCUCGAUACAUUGAUACAGUCUCCAUCCAGGGAUGUCAUACCCGCCAUACAGACGCGUCUUCACGACUUAUUGUCUCAUAACUCACCAGACGUGAAGCGACGUGCCCUUCUCGCCUUCAACAAAUUAUCUGAGUACGAUGCCGGCAUUCUGCAUGACAUAGCGAGCAAGGCGCGGAAACGGCUUGGCGAUUCAGACCCCUCGGUUGUCAGCGCUGCAUUUACUUUGGCAGAGAGUUUGUUGAAGGGAAAACAUCUUCCAGAGGACAAGUACCAUUCUGUCGUGUCGGGACUCCUUGACGUCACUUGGUCUCAGCGGCCUCAUCCUUCCGAGAGCAGACUGCUCGUCCGAAUAAUUGAGGUCAUCACGCAGCUUGGGCCUUCUAAGCAUGAUCUGGAGGUCAUUGCGGACGUAGUCCGUCAUUACGCGCAUCGGGGUCGGGCAGCUUAUGCGUUACUUCAACAGUGCUUCCGGAGCGUUUCCGUCUCAUCUACUGAGUUACUUGUCGAGGUGCAAGCCAGCUCUGGCAUAUCGUUCAUCAAAGAAAUGCGGCAUCUCCUCGCUGUCCAAGAGCCCAACGCCCUUUAUAUGUUCAUGUCCUGUCUCUCGUCUGUGGACCCUCAACUUUGGGCCGGGACUACCCCCGAAAUACCCUCGGUCCUAGAGGAAUGGGAAGUUGAACGGAUCAUGAAAGCGUUGGACUGCGAGGAUAAGUUGAUUCGGAAGCAGACCCUGCGAACACUUUGGCGUGUCGACCAGAAUAUUGUAGAGUCGUACUAUGCGAGGGCGCUCCAAGGUGACUUGCCAUCGUCUUCAGUCCAUGGCACCGAAGACCACCUUCCACGGCUCCUCGAGAUUGUGGAUAUCAUCUGCGGCGACGACGGAGAAGCAUACGCCAUACAGCUCAAGAAUGUCCUGAAUGCCGCUGAGGGCGACGGGCCCCUGAACAAGAGGCCCGUCUUGCAAGAAGCUGUGGAGGAGAUGUUAGCUCGCAUUCAUACUGCGGACAGCAUAUGGCGUAGUGCCUGUAUUGGUGUCUUGUUCAGUUCCGUCGCCGACAAGGAGAACGAGGUCGGUCCCACGCUCAUGGUCAUACUCACCGCUCUGUUCUGCGAAUACUUGGAGCUAUCGCCAUUGUCUCCUGUCGAACUGCUGUGCGGAGUUGCUGAUCGCGUGACAUCCUACUCUCCAUCGAUACAAGACGCUUGUCUCAUCACAAUGCUUCGCAUCUCCGCUGCUUGCGAUGAGAUACCUUCGCAAGCCAUCGAGGCAGUGAAAAGUCUUCAGGAUCGCAGCGGCAGACAUCUGGCACGGCGUUGCGUUCAAUUCACAACUCUGUCGCAGUCGAAGGAUACUCUCCGGCGUGUUCUCGCCGAUACCCGCUCAUCUGCGUUACCGGACUUCGUCCUUGCUCUGGAAAAGUACCAAGCAGACCAUCCAAGAGGGACUUCACGCUCACCUUCUCUGGUCCCGAAGUCACCGCCACUCAAGCCUCACACACCGGAGCCGUCAUCGUCUCGGGCAUCUCCACUACCAAGCAAGCUCCGCUAUGCCGCGUAUGAAGCCCCUAGACUCACGCCGAAGCUGCGGCGAAAGAGCAGCAGCAGCUCACGGCACUCAGAUGAUGGCAGCUCGCAUGGCGGUCUGGGAAGGUCGUCAUACCAAGACCCCAUGACAAUGACUAUAACGCCUGGCGAUCUGAGCCUCGCAGCGCAGACGUCUGAUCUCCGUUCUAUACCAAGUAGCUCUCCACGAAUGUCAAGGAUGUCACCACUUCCGGUGGUUCAGAUAUUGGAUGAGGAGCCUCCCACUGGGACUGGAUCAGGGGCGGCAGACCUCAUCGCACUGGAUUCGCCCUUCAUAUCGGAACCAGCAGGUCCCUCCCUCGCAAAUACCAUAAGUAGUAUCAUGGAGCAAGAUUUCGAAGCCACUUGGAACUCCUUGGAAUCAGGUGCUGCACGAGGAUGGUGCGAGGCCUCUAUCGAUGCUGUCCUGCGACGAUUACAAGGGCUACAGCGACGGCUGAGAGUGACCGAACGAGAUCGGCCUCCGUUUGAAGGAGACUUGAAGAUCGUGAUUGCGCCGGAGUCUGCGGAUAACUGGUCGAAGAAAGGGCUUGCAGCGAUUCGCCUCAAGGAGAGCGACGACGACAGCUGCCUCUGGUGGCUACGAUGCGAAGACGACGAACUCCGAAACAUUGUCAAGGCCACCCUCCGAUGA